UUGUCUGUCCAGACACCAAAACAUUGUCGCAAUAUUCUCUCCUAAAUCUAAACUCUUGUAUCUCUUUAACGACCUUCGAAUCUUGAUUGAAAGCUAAGUUUCUGGAACACUUCCCUAACAACUCGUUGCUUCAAAACCCUGCAAUAUUAUCGUUGCUCCGCCAAGUGCUAGUAUCUUGGAACGACAAUGGCGUUGUUUAGGAAGCUGUUUAACAAAAAGCCGCCGGAUGGGCUUUUGGAGAUCUCUGAAAGGGUUUAUGCUUUUGACUGCUGCUUUUCCACGGAUAUUUGGGAAGAAAAGGAAUAUAAAUUCUACAUUGAAGGUAUAGUGCAUAAACUACGCGAUCAUUAUCCCGAUGCUUCAUUCAUGGCGUUCAACUUCCAACAAGGAGAGCACCAAAGCCAAAUUGCCAGUACAUUGUCUGAGUAUGAUAUGACUGUAAUGGACUAUCCUCGCCAAUAUGAAGGUUGCCCAUUACUCACCACGGAAAUGAUCCAUCAUUUCUUGAAAAUAUGUGAAAACUGGUUAUCACUUGGUCAACAAAAUAUGAUCUUAUUGCAUAGUGAACGAGGUGGGUUGCCGGUUUUGGCAUUUAUGCUUGCUGCUCUCUUACUGUACCAGAAGCAGUUAUCCGGAGAGAAGAAAACAUUAGAAAUGAUCUAUAAGCUAGCACCUCGUGAGCUUUUGCAUUUGACGUCUCCCCUGAAUCCACUACCCUCUCAACUAAGGUAUCUCCAGUAUGUCUCUGGGAGAAAUGUGGGCUCAGAAUGGCCUCCAUCAGAUAAGGCACUUACGCUGGACUGUAUUAUUCUAAGAUUCAUCCCUAAUAUGGAUGGUGAGGGGGGCUGCCGUCCGAUAUUUAGGGUAUAUGGACGGGAUCCUUUUAUGGCUGCCGACAAGCCCCCCAAAGUCCUGUUCUCUACACCGAAGAAUAGUAAACUUAUUCGGUAUUACAAGCAAGUGGACUCUGAAGUUGUUAAAAUCAAUACCUAUUGCCACGUUGUGGGUGAUGUUGUGCUUGAAUGUAUUAGUUUGGACAGUGUUCAGGAGCGGGAAUUAAUGAUGUUCAGGAUCAUGUUCAAUACAGCCUAUAUAAGGUCAAAUAUUCUGAUGCUUAACCGUGAAGAAAUUGACACCUUAUGGAACGGUAAGGAUCAAUUUCCAAAGGACUUCAGAGCAGAGGUUCUUUUCUCCGAUGUGGAUGUUGCAACUUCUGCUGUAUCAAUUGAUUUACCAGGUCAUGAGGAUAAAGAUGACCUUCCCAUUGAUGAUUUUGCUAAAGGUCAAGAUGUUUUCAGCAAAGCUGACUAUACAAAUGUAGCAAAUAUGCUAGAAGAAAAUUCGGAGACAGGUUGUCCCCGGGGUAUGGAAAGAGCCAGUGCCUUGCAAGAUGAUAGAGUCAAGGAGAAAUCAAAUUUACUGACAUCAGAGCACAUCAUCGCAAGUCUAACAUCCAAUGCUAUGGAUAAACAAUCUAAUUUCUCUUUUCAAUCAUCAGAUGCAAAUCCAUCUACAAAGAAGUUUGAACCACAAGAAAUCCAGGUUGCUCCUCCAAAGGCUGCACAACAUACACCCUCUGCUGGAUCUCCUUCAGAUUCAAGCUCAAUAGAGGGGAAAAUUGAAUCGAAAGAACUUCAAGUUGCUCCACAUGAAGAACAUUCUAAGAACUACGUUAAGCCAUCUCCAGGAGCCAAUUCAAGUAUAAGGAAUGUCGAAAUUCAAAAACCUGAAGUUCUUGAACAACUUGUGCAGUCUACACCGUCUCUUAGUCCAGUCCUGGAUGUAAAUUCAAUCAGAAAGAAAAUUGAACCCCAAGAAUUUCAGGUUGCUGUGCAAUGCCCUGCACAACCUAAGAUUAUAUCCCAGCGAUCACUUCAGUCUUCAAUCUCUUCUCCAGUUUCAUGUAGCAAUUCCUCGCAAGGUUCACCUGUACCGAUAUCAAGAUACUGCAGUGCAGCUUCAGCUCUUGGCAUUACAGCUUUAUUGCAUGAUCAUGAUGCAUCUGAAAGUGAGGAUCGCAGUCAUGCUGUGGAGGACUCUCAUACCGCCACAUCUCCUGCUUAUCAAUCCCCUUCUUUUCUGGAGGUAUCUCCUCCUGCAGUGAAGAGUACAUUCAAGUCUCCUCCUUACCCUCCCCCUCCUCCUCCUCUACAUUCUUUUUCUAGGGCAUCUCCAUCUCCCUUGGUUAAGAACUCACUUCAAUCUCUUCCUGCCUCAUCACGUGCUUCUCUAGCUCCCAAAGACAACAGCUUAUCACAAAUCCCCUCAUUCUCAGCUAUUACUCCUUCUACUGUAAAGAAUUCAUUUUCAGCUCCCCCUCGUCCUCCGCCACUCCCUAGUGUUGCUUCCUCCACCACAUGCUCGAUUUCUUCUUCUGCACAGCUUCAGAGAUCAAGACCCCCUCCUAGUAAAUCCUCUGUUCCACAGCCACCACCACCUCCUCCUCCUAGUGUUGCCGUGAAGGGUUUUUCAUCAAAUAGCUCUGUGCAUGCUCCAUCCGUACCACCUCCUCCAGCCCCUUGUGCCAAAGGAUUAUCUAAAGCAGGUGGGAGUAUACCUUCAAUUCCUGGACCACCUGCUGCUCCCUUGAAUUUGAAGGGAUUGAGUAUAUCACGUAUAGGUCCUAAAAUUCUGGCUCAGCAGAAAAAAUCUAACUUGAAGCCAUACCAUUGGUUGAAGUUGACGAGGGCGGUGCAAGGAAGUUUAUGGGCUGAGGCUCAAAAACCAGAGGAAGCUUCCAAGGCUCCAGAAAUUGACAUUUCAGAACUUGAGAGUCUUUUCUCUACUGUUGCAGCGAAUUCAAAUGAUAGUAGAAGGGAUCGGAAAUCAAAUCGAGGUGCCUCAAACCGUAAACCUGAGAAAGUCCAGCUGAUUGAGCUUAGGAGAGCAUAUAAUUGUGAAAUCAUGCUAACAAAAGUCAAAAUUCCUUUGCCUGAAUUGACGAGUUCGAUCCUUACCUUAGAUGAUACAGCAUUAGAUUCUGAUCAGCUUGAGAACCUUAUUAAGUUUUGUCCUACAAAAGAAGAGGCGGAAUUACUUAAGGGUUAUAAUGGAGAUAAGGACAAGUUGGGAAAAUGUGAACAAUUUUUCCUAGAAUUAAUAAAAGUGCCACGGGUAGAGUCAAAGCUUAGAGUUUUCUUGUUCAAGAUACAAUUUUUUUCCCAGAUUUCUGACCUUAGAAAUAGUUUGAAUAUUGUAAACUCUGCAGCUGAAGAGGUUAGGAAUUCGGUCAAAUUGAAAAGAAUCAUGCAAACUAUUCUUUGUCUGGGAAAUGCAUUGAACCGUGGAACUGCAAGGGGUUCUGCUGUCGGUUUUCGAUUGGAUAGUCUUCUUAAACUCAGUGAGACACGAUCUAGGGAUAACAAGAUGACUCUCAUGCAUUAUCUUUGCAAGGUCCUGGGGGAGAAGUUGCCAGAAUUACUAGAGUUUCCAAAAGACCUUGUAAGUUUGGAAGCUUCAACAAAGAUACAAUUGAAAUAUUUGGCCGAGGAAAUGCAAGCCUUCAGUAAAGGGUUGGAGAAAGUUGUACACGAACUGGCUGCCUCAGCAAAUGAUGGUCCAGUGUCUGAAACUUUUUGCUUGACCUUGAAGGAGUUCCUUGGUUUUGCUGGAAGUGAAGUCAAGUCUUUGGCUUUGCUUUAUUCUAGUGUGGGUAGAAAUGCGGAUGCCUUGUCUCUUUAUUUCGGAGAAGAUCCGGCACGGUGCACAUUUGAGCAAGUUGUGUCCAUUCUGCUCAACUUUGUGAGGAUGUUUGUCCGAGCGCACGUGGAAAACCACAAGCAGCUUGAAUUGGAACAUAAGAAAGCAGAGAAGGAGGCAGAAAAUGAGAAGAUGAAAGUUACUACUCCGGAAAAGAAAUCUGAACAACAGAUUAUAGCCGUAUAUCACUGUUAUCAUGUGGUGGAGGAGAGUAUUGUUUAUAAUUAGACAGCGAGAAAAAGAAGAGGUAAUUAGUUUAGACGGUGGCGGGGCCAAAUAUAAAGCUAUUCUAGUUGCAUUCGAGGUUUGGACACGGUUAUGCCGUUUACCUGCCAGCCCAUUCCUUAAGUUGCUUUCUGGUUUUGGAGCGGAGCGGAGCUGAUGGACGGCAUUUAAUUAGGUCCUCUCGCGCCCCUUGUAGGUUGCCUAGAAAUUUUUGUGGCAAAAAUAUAAGCAUACAUAUAUUUGUUCUCUUCUAAUUAUUUUGUAUCAACUUUUAGUAAUCAGAUACUGAGAAUUGUAAAAAAGAUAAUAUGAUCUUAAUAUCUCGAGAUGAUUAGCCGUUUCAAAG